CCCUAUACGAGGUUUUACAGCGCAAAUUCUGCCGACAGCCAUGGAGGUGCUUGGCGGCAGAACAUCGCACGAUGGCAGCCUGAUACGACAACACGAAGGAGGGCUUGGCAGACAGCCCUUUGCUACCCACGAGGCUGAGAUUCGGCGUGAUAUCCACUAUAUGGGAUGCAGCUUCUCACGUUGACCCUCGAAGCAUAACGAGUCAAUUCUCCACACAGCCCAUGCCCUAGAGAGCAUUGAUGCAGGCUCCACAGCUCGAAACCGUCUUGUUGUCUGCAGCCGGACAGCCUGGCAUUCCGGGAACACAGUGGUGGAGUGGUAACAACAAUUUCGAAGCGCCGCCAGGCGUCUCAGGAAGACCGGGUCAGAACGCAUCAGUACCAUCUCCUGGCACGUCUGCACACGACCUGCGGGUUAGACUAAGCUAUGCGCAAGAUCGACCAGGUUUGGUGCAGCUUUUUGGAGAGGGACCUUUGACCGGAAAAAGAUGGGAGAUUUCCCGAGCUCAGAACGGGCUUCUUGACUGCCGAGGCGGUGAUGGCGGCGAUGGUGGCAAGGGAGAGAAUGGCCAAUGCGGAGGCCAGGGAAGCAGCGGAAGAGGCGCUACUCGGUAUUCAGACGCUACUUGUGGAGGACCAGGGGCGCCCGGGGGAGAUGGCGGAAGUGGGACGAGUGGCGCCGAUGGCGGAGAUGCUGGAAACGCCUACGUCACCGUUGCCGAAGACGACCUGGACACACUUGUCGCUCUGGAAUGGAUGACUGCAGGUGGUAGAGGAGGCGCCAGCGGCGUUCAUGGCGAACCCGGUGCAGGCGGCCGAGGGGGACUGGGAGGCAGCGGAUGUUCGUGGACCGAAACGCACUCGCACACAAUGACAGACUCAAACGGGCAUAGCCAUACCGAGUAUUACACCACCCAUCACAGCCGCCCGGGUGCACCACCCGGACCGGAUGGACCCUCUGGUAUGAGGCCUUUUGGCCCCCUAUACGGUGGUCGGGCUGGCCGUAACGGAAGAGGCGAAAUCCGGGUGUUGCGCAAUGAUCUCACGGAAGGAACGUAUUCUAGUCGGUACCAACUGGUCGUGAAGGACUUCGAUGUCAUUGAUGAGAACAUGGAUGGGAUUAACGAGCCGGGAGAAUUCCUGCUGGUACAAAACAUCCAAAUCGAGAACAUCGGGGCGAUGCCCUCACCUAAAGGAAACAUCCUCAAAAUUCUGAUCCGGCCUACCCCAUGGCUCGAACCCGUCAGUUCCGAGCCCCUGGAACUUCCACGGGAAAUUGCGCCCGGUGCAAUCGUGAGAGUUCCAGGCGUGUUGAGAGCUCUGAUCAAGAACGAGUCUGUACCUAGGGCGCCUGGUACGACCUUUCAUGCACAGGAUACAGUAGCUCUCGUAGCCUACUUUGAGCGCCUCCAGCGGUCGCUCCCGGAAUUUGCCGGAGGGAUAGAAGUCGCGUACCAGUACCCUCUUGUCAUGAGCGUGCCGAAAUACCUUGACUGCGUGGCGAAGGGGGAUCUUGUGCAGUUCUCAUGGAUGAUCAAGAAUAUAUCGACCAAAGCGUACGGGGGCGAAAGUGCAGUAUGCCGGCCAUGCUACACUCACAUGUCUGAUCCCUGCGGCGUGUUUGAUCUCAAAUAUGCCACAAAAGACUCUCCACACGAAACCAUUGACCGGAUCGAUGUUCUUGACGUAGGCUCUGAGGUCCCCAUCACAGAAGACUUCCAAGUAUCGCAAUCUGUUCCCGUUUUCACUACUGGAUACAUCGUCGUCAGUCUCAUGCUUUCCGAUCCCCACACCGGGGCUCCACGACCAAUCACCUCGUUCAAUCUCAGCAUCCAGAUUUCCUCAUCGUACUCGUACAAUCCGUUAUCGCAAUUCUUGCUCGUCAUCAAUGGCUCGACGCCGAAUGCCGCGAUCCUCCAGACCAUGGACUUCAUCAAAAACGGCCUUAAUCUACCGACGGACAUCCUAAACCUUAGCUUGAUCGGGUCCUUCAAAGACCCAAAAACUGAGCACAAUGUCCUCUGGAACUAUCUUGGGAAAAGCGUUGUCAUUUUCGCAAAUCCGAUGAACUAUUUCCAGACCGGACUGCGCGAUGUGUGGGACCUCCUCGAUCCUUGGGAAGCCUGCAUGCUGGCUAAGCGUGGCACUAACUUCCUCUUCGUCCGUCCCGCCAACGUCAACGAACUGAAAGCGUGGGCUUCUCAGAUGACGGCUCCCGCAUUCGUGCCCCAGUCUCCAUCCGCAGAGUCGGUAACGAAACUCUCGGACGUCGUCCCGCGGUUGAAGCCGUACAAGUACGAAAUGCCGGACUGCAUCCUCACGCUUCCAGUCAAGAAAGCUAUCUUCCGCAGCUUGGACAGGACCAUGGAAUGCCGGGCGAAGACUAUUACCAAGCAAUUAAACAGACGUCUGCCCCUGCGACGCUUUGUCGUCGGACCCUGCGAUCCUGAUCCUACAGACGAAACCCCGAUUAGCAAGCGCAAAUCUGGAGCAAUUGCUGUCGUAGAAGGGCUUCCUUAUUGGACAAAAUUCGCAGUUACGCUUCAGCCCCAUGCCGACGGGCUGACUAGCUUGACCGACUACAAUAUCGCCAUGAUCGUGCAUUCGCUCCCUUUCACCGACCAGUGCGCGGUGUUCUGGAAUCUAUUGGGCUACGAUCAUUCUUCGGGCAUGUCCGUCGGGCUUGCCUAUCGCGGUGCUGCUCUCAGCCACUUCCAAGCGGGUCGUGACCCGAACAAUGUCCUGGAAAAAGAAUUCCUCCUGCACAGAAAGGCCUGCGAAGCUCUUUCUUGGUCAAUUGCCACCCAUGUCACAUCAGAGCUCUCGCACUUUUGCCUGGACUCCCCAUGGCCCGACUCUUCGAUACCCAAAUCAAGCGUCCUCUUCGAACUCCCAUUCCUCAGACAAUUCAUCGAGUCAGCGCCCUCGGCUCCGAUCAUCACGUCCGACUUCGACAUAUCUUCGCUUGCAAUCCUCUUCGGUGCUAUCCUCGGCACGCACACAAAAGGUCUGCUAAGCCUGGGAGGCCGCAAUAGUAAAGUCCGCUCGAUCCUCCAGCACCACUCCAACCAGCUUAGCAAAACCCUCUGCGCACCUGAUGCUCGGAAGAAGCUACGGAAAGCACUCCGCGCCUCCGCCACCGCCACAAAGAAGCGUCUAGCCCAGGCGAAGAAGGCGCAACCGCAGCUCCAACGUACGGAAUGUGUGCAUCGGCUGAACUGCCAGCGGUUGGAAGAGCUUACGCUGACGCCCGGAGCGAGCUUCCUGGACUUGAGCGCCCUGCUUGGGGUCCAGCGGUCGGUGUGUAGUAGCAGUGCGGAGCUAGCGGAGAGAAGAAGGGUGCGUGCGCAGUGUGUGUUGAGGAUGGAGAGGGAUGAGGCGUGGAGUAAGCAGAUGUUGAGCGAUAUGGUUAAUCCAAAGGAGGAAUGAUGAAAUAUUGGUCGAGUAGAGGGGCUUGAUUAUGGCCCGUUCGCAGCGCACGCUGUGGAGUGGCUCAAGGAUGUUCAGUUUGUUCACCUCUUCGAGACAUCACACGGUCUUUGUAAGCACGUCGCUGUAGCGCUCUUUCCUAGG